AUUGUAAUAUACUUCACGUUCUGAGAAGAAAAGGUAUGAAAGAUUUCUGUGUUCCCCGGCGGCAGCAGCGCCCCCUUCAAUCCACAUGAAACAACCACUCAACCUAAACCUUCUCAUUCUCACCAACAUCACACUUUUGUGUCUAUGAUAUACUAACAGUAAUUUCCUUAGAUUUCUUCUCUGUUUUCACUCCCAUUGCCUUUUCACGAUGAACACAAUUACCCUUAUUCGCAACCGCGCCAUUAAUUCCGCUCGCAGGAUUCUCACCGGUUCUAGAACUUCAUUGUUUUUCGGGUCCACUCCUGCAAAAUCUGACCACACUCUUUCCAUUGCUAACAAUUCGCUGAAACCUCGUUUCAAUCAUGACCGCGCCAAUCACCACCCUUUUCAAAUUCAUCGCACAAAGGGUAUUGAUGUUGCUCAGAAAGUUUUUGGCUUACCCUCUUCGAAUUUCGCCCCUCCAUCUAUGCAUUUUAGUUUGAGCACAUCGAGCAGGGACGUUUCCACCUUCAAGGUUCGAAAUUUCUCGACCUCUGUUGAGACCCGCGUCAAGGACAACAACAAUUUUGAGAGGAUUUACGUACAGGGUGGCAUGAACAAUGUGAAACCAUUGGUGGUGGAAAGUGUUCAUAAGGAGGAUGAGAGGGAUUUGGGUGGUGAUGUGAAUGUGAGUGUGGGAAAGACUAAAGGGGAGGAGGACUCAGAGGUGGAAAAAGAAGCAUGGAAGUUGUUGCAGGGUGCUGUUGUGACUUAUUGUGGCAACCCUGUGGGAACUAUGGCUGCAAAUGAUCCUGGGGACAAGAUACCCUUGAAUUAUGAUCAGGUCUUUAUUAGGGAUUUUAUACCUUCAGCACUUGCUUUCUUGCUUAGAGGAGAAAGUGAGAUUGUCAAGAACUUUCUUCUUCACACCUUGCAAUUGCAGAGUUGGGAGAAAACGGUGGACUGCUACAGUCCAGGGCAGGGCUUGAUGCCUGCAAGUUUCAAAGUUAGAACUGUUGCUCUUGAUGAAGAUAACCAUGAAGAAGUUUUAGAUCCUGAUUUUGGGGAAUCAGCUAUUGGUCGUGUUGCACCUGUAGAUUCAGGAUUGUGGUGGAUCAUCCUCUUGCGGGCUUAUGGGAAGCUCACUGGUGACUGCAGCUUGCAAGAAAGGGCGGAUGUUCAAACAGGCUUAAAAAUGAUCCUUAACUUGUGUUUAACAGAUGGGUUUGAUAUGUUUCCUUCUCUGUUAGUCACUGAUGGGUCUUGCAUGAUAGACAGGCGGAUGGGAAUUCAUGGUCACCCCCUUGAGAUCCAAGCAUUAUUUUACUCAGCUCUUCGCUGCUCACGUGAGAUGCUUGUUGCAACUGAUGGAACCAAUAAUCUUAUUAGAGCCAUUAACAACAGACUCAGUGCACUGUCAUUUCACAUUAGAGAAUAUUAUUGGGUGGAUAUGAAAAAGAUGAAUGAAAUAUACAGGUAUAAAACUGAAGAGUACUCCACAGAUGCCAUCAACAAAUUCAACAUCUACCCAGAACAAAUUCCAUUGUGGUUAAUGGAUUGGAUUCCUGAAGAAGGUGGGUAUCUGAUUGGGAAUUUGCAGCCAGCUCACAUGGACUUCCGGUUUUUCUCACUUGGAAAUCUUUGGUCUAUUGUCUCAUCAUUGGGCACCCCAAGACAGAACCAGGCUAUUUUAAAUCUGAUAGAAGCAAAAUGGGAUGAUCUUGUGGGCCAUAUGCCUCUUAAGAUAUGUUAUCCUGCCUUGGAUAAUGAAGAGUGGCGCAUAGUUACUGGUUGUGACCCAAAGAAUACCCCUUGGUCAUAUCACAAUGGUGGAUCUUGGCCAACCCUUCUGUGGCAGUUCACACUGGCAUGCAUCAAAAUGGGGAGAAUUGAACUUGCCCAGAAAGCAGUUGCUUUGGCUGAGAAAAGACUGCCAGUUGAUUCUUGGCCUGAAUACUAUGAUACACGUACUGGAAAAUUUAUCGGAAAACAAGCCCGAAUGUAUCAAACAUGGACCAUAGCUGGUUUCCUUACAUCCAAGAUGCUUUUGAAGAAUCCUGAGAUGGCAUCCAUGUUAUUCUGGGAGGAGGAUUACGAGCUUCUUGACAUAUGUGUUUGUGGACUUAGCAAGAGUGGCAGGAAAAGGUGUUCCCGUGGUGCCGCAAGGUCUCAAAUUCUUGUAUGACGAAUUCCUAGAGUAGUGUACAUUCAUAGCCAGGGGGAUCAUAUAUUUAUAUUGUGCGUUUGGUAGGUUAUAGAAAAAGUUAAAUUGGAAAAUAAACACCUUCUCCAUUGCUGUAAUUAUGGUUAAGAAGGCUUUCCUUUGUUCUGGGAGGGCAAUUCUCACUUUUUUUUUUAACAAUUAGGGGAUAGAGAUUUAAAAGUAUGAGCUCUUGUGUGUAUAUGCACAAAUAUUCACAUUGAUUUAUCUCAUUAUACAGUUGCUCCUUUGCAGCAUUUUAUAAUGAGUUUCCUUGUGAGCGUACCUAAACUAUUAUUAUUUUA